GGCAGUGAUUCAUUCAGUUACAUUUGGCUGGAGAUCUGUGCAUCUAGUUUCAGUAUGAAAACUCCAAUUGAUAUAUUGUAAUGUACACAGCAAUUGAUCUCGCAAUAUCCAGAAGGAAAUGCCAUUCAAUCUCCACAGGACUACAAACCUUGACUUUGAACAAAUUGUGGUUACAAUAUCACAUGCAACAAUGUUGCCUCUGUAUUAACACUAACUUCAUUAUGACUGUCAUUGGCAAAUCAAAACCUGACUGUUUGUUUUUUAUUCUUGCCCUCACAAACUCAGUUUGAAAAUGUAAUCCUGAUAGGAGAGGACAGGGCUGUGGAGUGCAACAUGAAACUGGUGUGAAGUGUUGUGGUAUUACGUUGUCAAAAUGGUUCUUUGGGGACAGAAGACAAGCGGGCUGAGAAGGCACCCUGCCGGGCAUGUUUACACCUGAUUUGGUGUGUUGUGUUCAAUUAGUAUCAAUGCUUCCCUUUAUGAUGGGACUCACCCAACCCUACAUUGGUGCUUUCACUCAAGCUGCAUUUGUUAAUUUUGGCAGCCAUUUAAAUUCAGUAGGACAUCCAGGUUCAUGCUAUGAUCGUGUUACUGCAUUCCAUAUAAGGUGGAUUGUUUCCAAUGCAUUUCUCGUAGGCCUAUCUGGGAUCCUUGCAACCCUACUGUAACCUUUCAACAACAAAAAAGUGCUUCAGUGGGGGAUGUCCCAAGGAUUCAAUAUAAUGAGGGACCAAUACGUUUCUGCUUCCGUCCAUGUUUGGGUCUACAAUGGAUGGCUGUAUAGUGCUGCCACAGACAACUGAAGGGUAUGAGUUAUUUAUUGACAAAUGGCAUGAACUAAAACAACUCGGCUUAGGGGCUUGGGAUGUGUGAGAUGCAGGGUAGCCUAUUGAUUGAUGCUGUAGCUUGUCAUUGAGCAGCACUACCUGGCGCUGCGACACGGGGAAAAAGCACGAUGCACACUGAUAGAUUCACAACCUCAUCUGCCACCAUGAAUUCCUCUGGCAUCCCGCCUUGGAGAGAGCAACUUAAAAAAAAAUAUGUUCCUUUUCAGAGCUUAUUGAUUUAUAUGAAUAACUAUGCUAUGGUGGCCAAAAUGUCACAUUAAUAUGCACAUGUAAUUUUAUCUCAUCAACUCCGGAUUAACUUUUUAGUUUGUCCAGAUGUGUUCAUUAUGAAACGAUAAACCAUCAGAUCAGAUUGGACUUGUUUUGAGUAGGGUAAAAAUUGUCUCCAUCAGCUCUGGACUGGAUCAAAUAAAAUAAAUGCGUCAAAUUACCAAGACAAGCGUUUAAAGUGAAAAUAUAUUUGAAUAUACAGUGCAUUCGGGAACUUCAGACCCUAUGACUUUAUACAACGUUUAGUUAGUCUUAUUCUAAAAUUGAUUAAAUUGUUUGUUCCCCUCAAUCUACACACUACCCCCAUAAUGACAAAACAAAUGUAUAAAAUAAAUGAUAUCACAUUUACAUAAGUAUUCAGACCUUUUACUCAUUACUUUGUUGAAGCACCCCUGGUCAGCGAUUACAGCCUUGAGUCUUCUUGGGUAUGAUGCGACAAGCUUGGCACACCUGUGUUUGAGGAGUUUCUCCCAUUAUCUGCAGAUCCUCUCAAGCUCUGUCAGGUUGGAUGGGGAGUGUCGCUGCACAGCUAUUUUCAUGUUUCUCCAGAGAUGUUCGAUCGAGUUCAAGUCCGGGCUCUGGCUUGGCCACUCGACGACAUUGAGGCUUUUCCCGAAACCAUUCCUGUGUUGUCUUGGCUGUGUGCUUAGGGUUGAUGUCCUGUUGGAAGGUGAACCUUCACCCCAGUUUGAGGUCAUGGGCGCUCUAGCAGUUUUUCAUCAAGGAUCUCUGUACUUUGCUCCGUUCAUCUUUCCCUCGAUCCUGACUAUUCUCCCAGUCCCUGCCGCUGAAACAUUCCCACAGCUUGAUGCUGCCAGGUUUCCUCCAGAUGUGACGCUUGGCAUUCAGGCCAAAGAAUUCAAGCUGUCAUGUGCCUUUUACUGAGGAGUGGCUUCCGUCUGGCCACUCUACCAUAAAGGCCUGAUGGGUGGAGAGCUGUAGAGGUGGUUGUCCUUCUGGAAGGUUCUCCCAUCUCCACAGAGGAACUCGAAUUCUGUCAGAGUGACCAUCGGGUUCUUGGUCACUCCCUGACCAAGGCCCUUUUCCCCAGAUUGCUCAGUUUGGCCGGGCAGCCAGCUUUUGGAAGAGUUUUGGUGGUUCCAAACUUCUUCCAUUUAAGAAUGAUGGAGGUCUCUGUUUUCUUGGUGACCUUCAAUGCUGCAGAAAUGUUUUGGUACCCUUCCCAAGAUCUAUGCCUUGAUACAAUCCUCUCUCGGAGCUCUACGGACAAUUCCUUUGACCUCAUGACUUGUUUUUUGCUCUGACAUGGACUGUCAACUGUGAGACCUUAUAUAGACAGGUAUGUGCCUUUCCAAAUCGAAUCCAAUUUAAUUUACCACAGGUGGACUCCAAUCAAAUUGUAGAAACAUCUCAAGGCUGAUCAAUGGGAACUGGAUGCACCUGAGCUCAAUUCCGAGUUUCAUAGCAAAAGGUCUGAAUACAUGUAAAUAAGGUAUUUCUGUUUGACAUUUUUUAUACAUUUGCAAACAUUUCUCAACUCUUUUUGUGUCAUAUUAUUGUGUGUUGUGUGUAGAUUUGAGGAUUUUUUUUUUUUAAUCCAUUUUAGAAUAAGGCCAUAACUAACAAAAUGGGAAAAGUCAAGGGGUCUGAAUACUUUCCGAAUGCGCUGUAUUGUCCAACGAAAUGCUUACUAGCAGGUUCCUUCUCGACAAUGCAACAAUAAUAAAAGUUAAGAAUACGAACACAGUGGAGGCUGCUGAGGGGAGGACGAAGCCAAUAGAAUUACAUCAAACACAUAUAAACCGUAUUUGAUACCAUUCCACUUAUACUGCUCCAGCCAUUACCACAACCCUGUCCUCCCCAAUUUAGGUUCCAGCCACCUGUGGAACAUAAUGUAAAUGGUGGUAGAAUAGAAUAAGCAUUUUAGCAUAAGUACUUAAUAAAUGCUGUAAUGUAGUCUGCCUGUUUCUUCUGUCACUGACAGCCCUCCAUAAGAUGAGCUAUGUCUACCUGUCAUAUUGAAGCUGUCAAGAAGACCACCGCCAAACUCCCUAGUGAAAGCUAUAAGUGAAGCUUCUUAAAUUAGACACGCUCAUGCUUUUCCAGACACUGGUAUUCAUGGAAGCUAAGGGCACAAAGCAGAUUUGAGACAACUGUGAUUUCCCUUCUUGACACUUUUGGAAGGAUCCCAGACACCCUUCUGUAUCUAUGAGCAGUGGCUGCUCAGAGAGAGACAUGAUUUCAGAGGAUAAUCAAAAGAAGGGAUGCCCAAGGUAGAGAGAGGUACAUUGGAUAUGCAGGAAGUGGGAGCGCCGUCCCGUGGUGAUUAGUUGGGGCAGUUCCAUGGCUAGAUUUAUGACACGCUGUUGUUGAACGCCUGACAGACAUCCGAGGCAAGGGCUCCACUGCUGCUACUACCCCUUUUACUGCUGCUUCAGAGGAGCUCUGUUUGCUACCGGAGAAGAAGCUCUGUCUCAGCACACAAAGCAGAUGGUGAGGGAGCAGUAUGUCACCACCACCCAGGACAGCAGUGUCCCUGCCCCGGUCCCUGACUCCAUCUAUAAGAUCGGGAUCUACGGUUGGAGGAAGCGCUGCCUCUACAUGUUUGUCCUGCUGCUCAUCAUCAUCCUCACCGUGAACUUUGCCCUCACCAUAUGGAUCCUCCGGGUCAUGUGGUUAAACACAGAAGGGAUGGGACAUCUAAAAGUAACAGCAGAGGGAGUGAGGCUUGAGGACGGCAAGUCAGAGUUCCUCUUUCCUCUCUACGCCCAAGAGAUCCACUCCAGAGAGGACUCCUCUCUCCUGGUGCACUCAUCUGAAAACGUCACUCUCAAUGCCCGCAAUGAAAAUAAUGAUGUCACAGGAAGUAUCUCCGUAGGUCCAGAUCUGGCCCAGGGAAAUGCACCAAAUUUUGUCAUCAGCUCCAACACCAAGACGCUGUUUUCUGCAGAUGACAAAGAGGUGGUUGUUGGAACAGACAAACUCCGUGUUACAGGUCCAGAAGGUGCCCUGUUUGAACACUCUGUAGAGACGCCCCUGCUCAAAGCUGAGCCCUUCAAAGACUUGAGGCUGGAGUCUCCAACCCGCUCUCUCAGCAUGGAUGCACCAAAGGGAGUCUUUGUCAAAGCACUGGCCGGGAACAUCGAAGCGUCAUCUAACAUGGAUAUUCUAUUGCAAUCCAGUGAAGGACUGGUGAUUCUGGAUGCCGAGACGGUGCGUCUGCCGAGUCUCCCCCUGGGACACGGAGGGGUGUCUGGAAACGCUCAGGGACUCUACGAAGUGUGUGUCUGUCCUAGCGGAAAGCUGUUCCUGUCCAAGGCCGGGGUCACCUCCAUGUGCAGCGAAAGCCAAGAGUGCUAGCAGGUGUCUUUGCCAUCAGAUUAUACCAUAGUGAAUGAAAAUGCCUUUAAAUUGGGUACUCUGAAACACUUUCAUAUAAAGCAAAAAAACAAUCACAACUUUUCAAUUCUGAACAAAACUGCCGGUUGAACUGUAGACAUAUCCUCCUAAGUAAUUUAUCUAUGGUGCAUUUUAUUGAUGAAAGUUACAUUUGAGACUAUUUUACUAUGUAACUGAAACAGUGACAUGACAACUUUAUACCACAUGAAUAAGUGGCUUACUCCUGCAAUAUAGUUGUUGAUACCAUCUUAUGUUUACACUGAGUUGAGAUUGUUUAUUUUAUAAUUACGGUAUUAUGGCUGGGCAAUGAGGAGCUGGUUAACAGAUUACAUCCUAUGCAAUAUGUUUUUGUGGUGCAAUAAUAUAGGUAUUUAUGUGGGCCCGGUUUCCUGGACCCAGGUGAAGCUUAGUCCGCAAUGGACAAUCUCCCAAUGAAAGUGAUGUUUAGUGUAGGCUUAAUCUGGGUCCGGGAAACCGGCCUGUAGUGUAUUAAUGUUGGGCAAAUGGAGAGAAAAGGAUGAUAUGAUCUAGUCUGUAAAUACACUGAGUAUACCAAACAUUAGGAACACCUUCCUAAUAUUGAGAACAGCCUCAUGGUGUCAAGUGUUCCACAGGGAUGCUGGCCCAUGUUGACUCCAAUGUUUCCCACAGUUGUGUCAAGUUGGCUGGAUGUCCUUUGGAUGGGUCAUUCUUGAUACACGUGGGAAACUGUUAAGCAUGAAAAAUCCAGCAUCAUUGCAGUGCGCCUUGCACCUACUACCGUACUCCGUUCAAAAGCACUCAAAUCUUGUGUCUUGCCCAUUCACCAUCUGAAUGGCACACACACACAAUCCAUGUCUCACUUGUCUCGAGGCUUAAAAAUUAUUAUUUAACCUGUUUCCUCCUCUUCGUCUACACUAAUUGAGGUAUAUUUAACAGGUGACAUUGAUAAGGGAUCAUAGCUAUCACCUUGAUUCACCUGGUCAGUCUGUCAUGGAAAAAGCAGGUGUUCCUAAUGUUUUGUAUACAAAUGCAACCUAGUUAUGGUCUAAGAAAGAUAAUAUAAAAUAGAGGUACAGUUGAGUGUGUUUGUGUUACACAUUCAUUAUGCAAUGUUAAGCAAUCUGAUACAUCUGUUGCUAGAGAUGUUAAAAAGUGACUGUUUUCCCAAGUACUUAAUUUCAUCUCCCAGUUCACCAGCUGCCACUGUGUUUCUGUAGUUUUUUUCAUUCAUGCAUUUAUUGUGUUUGCUUAACAUUGCAGAAUGAAUGUGUUACACAAUCUGAUACAUCCAAUCCUGUUGCUAGAGAUGUUAAAAAGUGACUGUUUUCACAAGUACUUAAUUUAAUCUCACAGUUCACCAGCUGCCACUUUGUUUCUGUAGUUUUUUUCAUUUAUGCAUUUAUUGUGUGAAAUGUAUUUAUUUGUAUGUUUUUUUAGGUGUGGUAUGUGACCAUAUAUCACAAACCCCCGAGGUGCCUUCUUUCUAUUAUAAACUGGUUAACAACAUAAUUAGAGAAGUAAAAAUAAAUGUUUUGUCAUACCCGUGGUAUGCGGUCUAAUAUACCACGGCUCAGCCAAUCAGCAUUCUGGGCUCGAAUCACCCAGUUUAGAUUAGUCAGUCAAACUAAUCAGUAUGUUGUAAGUAAUAACUUUGCAAGAAUAGGAAAUUAAAUGGAUAGUGUGACAUUUUGGCAACUAAGCCCCUUGUUCUCCUUACCCAGAGUCAGAUGAACUCAUGGAUACCAUUUGUAUGUCUGCGUGCAGUUUGAAGGAAGUUUGAAGGAACUUUCUGGAGCCAUUGCUAACUAGUGCUGUGACUGGAAGUGUACAGGAACAGCUAGCAUGCAUUUUCUUCACUCUCUCAAAUUUGCUAUAUUUUCUUUCUCAAUACAUGGUUGUGCUUCUAUCUCCUUCCUUGGUAUAGGCCACGACAUUAAAUAUGCUAUGAUGUCGCACUCCUAAUCCUAUUGCACUGCAUUACUGUAGCCUACCCAUAGCCAACUGUCACAUACUGUCAAGGUUACCAGUCUAUUUACUUUUGCGCAUGUUUGGCUAUUGAAUUAGCAAUUGAUAAAUGGUAGCCUACAAUUUGUUGUGUGGCGGGAAUAAUUUAAACCAGUUAUGUCAGAAAAGGAGACACGUCCUGCAAUGUGAUUAUGAUAGGCCUAUAUAAUAAAUAUAUAAUGCAAUCUCUUUACCAAUGGCAAAUGCAUCUGUUUUAUCAUUAGGCCUAAGUUUUAAUGUUUUUAUUAGCCUACCAUCAUUAUAAAUCCUGUGCAUCAAACACCUCCCAUUUUCCCCAAAUGAGCAAUAAGCCUACUUGUUGCAAUGCAGUUGAUCAACCUUCGAAAUGUUGGGUGGAGAUUUGCAUGGAGAUAGGCACUUUCCUGUCAUGUUCACAAUUGAUAAAUACCAAUCUCUGUAGGAAAACUAGCGCUCGCAAGGUUUAGAGUAUUUUUUGUGCAUAUGCUCCUGCCUAUGUGUUCUAUUUUAGGGAAUAUUUAUUGUACAUUUUGAUUUUUUGAAAAAAAUGGUAGCUUAGUUAUCUUGUCACGACCUUGACUGUAAUAUAGAUUGUAAUGCGUUACUGUUCACCCAUGUUGUAUAUGUGUUCGCUUGUUGUCCUUAUACAGUAAAUAUUCUAGAAUUGUCAGUGAAGUUGAUGUUUUGAUAAAUUGUGGAACAUGUUUGCCAGGUUUUGUAUGUUUGAAUAAAACAUUUGUGCUAUUCUUGUAAAAAAACUCCUGUCUUUUUAACAGAAUAACAUGUAUCUGAAAAUACAUUUUCCAUAAACAUUAUAAAUACCAGGGGGGAAAAAGGAUGAUCAAUCUCUUUAUUUUAAAAGUUCCAUGAUCAUCUUCCUUGCGACAAUAAAUAUAUUUAAAGCUUUU